CCGGAAAGGGUGUGGGCCCUGGGGGAAAGGGGGUGGGAGCGGUGGCCCUGGGUGUCAGCAUCAGCAUUUGGGAUGAUGGUAGGUCUUUCCAGCAAGCUUUUGAAACCAAAGUCCAUUUGGGGCCAUGAUGAAGAUGGUUGGUCUCGGGAACGGCCGGUGGCAAGGGCUUGGCGACGCUCACCGGGGUACUUUAUGAGACCCAGGCCCCAGCCCGCCAAGCCAUGCCCGAAGGGAGACCCCUUUUUCGGGACGUCCCGCGCCUGGAGGUGCCUGUCCGGCGCCGAUUGUCUCUGACCUCCCAUCGAGAAUUCGGCGACGGCGAAGAAAUGUGGACUUAGGUUCUGACGGUUGGGCAGCUUUGAGAAAGUUGGACUUAGGUUUUGACCAUUUCGCGCCUGCACCAAGCACGCUGAUCGAUAGGAGCUUGUUUUGACGCCCCAUGGGUUAGGCCCCUGCCCGGCACACCUGCCCCAACAUGGGUGGGUCGGCCUCUAUGGGUGUGGUUGGUUCCUCCCUGCCUCGGGCGUGCUGUGAGGGAGGCGUGGGGGGGUGUCCCUCCGCACACAACCCCCCCCUUUCCCGCCUCUAUCUGUGGGAGGAAAAAAAACUCAAAUGGCCCGUCUGGUUUUGACCAAGAGCAUGUCCGGCGCUCUGCCCGCCAGCCCGCCCGCCUGACCCCCUGUGCUUUGUCCCCCCCCUGCUGAUUCUCAGUCCGCGCCGCCCUCGCCCUGGAACAAGGGCUGGGGGUGGUAGGUGGGCUCGGUAGAGUCUCCAGCGUGGUGUGUCGAGCCCAGGGGCCGUGUGGGGUACGGGCUGGUGCUGGCUCCAGCCCCUGUGUGUGUGCGUGACCAGUGCUGCGUCUCCUGCCCGUCCGCAAGCACGCCCACCCCUUCGGGUUUAUCCUUGCCGGCCCUCGGCGGUCUCCCCUGCCCCACCUGACCCCCCCCUACCCCUCUCCCCCGGAGGUGUGUGGGGGUGGCUGGUGGAGGCGGAGGGUGGCCGCUAGUAGUCUCUGGCGAGGUGAAACAAGCCGGGGUCAGUGGUGUCCGGGCUUACGGUCUGGCCCCUCCUUUUUGAUGGUUGCGGUUCAUGAUGCGGUGAGCCCCGGAAAAGGUGCGUGUUCGAUGGGGUUCUACGACACUGCUUUGAAAGUGGGAAAAAGCCAUGUAUAAAGCCCCCGCGGCUGGUGCAGUCCAAGCUGCCCAAAACGUUGCGUGUUCGGCCGGGCUCAUGCCAUCCCUUUGUGGGGGCAGAAAAGGGAACUAUAAAAAGGCUUAUUCAAAAAGCCCCCCCGCGGGCUGGCGCAGUCCAAGCUGCCCAAAACUGUGCGUGUUUGGCCGGGCUCAUGCCAUCCCUUUGUGGGGGCAGAGAAGGGAACUAUAAAAAGCUUUAUGCAAAAAAGCCCCCUGCGGGCUGGCGCAGUACAAGCUGCCCAAAACGGUGCGUGUUCGGCGGGGCUCAUGCCCAUCCCUUUGUGUGGGAAAAGGGGAAUAAAUCAAAAAGCAGCGAAAGUCCCCGCUGCUGGCACGGUGAGGCUGCCUGAAAUGGUGCGUUGUUCCUGGGACAAAAAUCCACCAAAAGUCGUAACAACUGCUUCCAUACAAGUUGGAUCAAAGGGAUCUCGUAGGUAUCGGUCCUUCCCCUUUAAGAGGGGGAGGGGGAACCAGCGUCGCUGACGCGGAAGCGGACGCUUCGUCCGCCAUCUUUUAAACCGCUCCACGCGGCAUGUGGGUCUCUCUCCCUCCAGCCUUGGUCUUGGACGGUCAUGGCCGAAUGUGCGCUCUGCUUCAACGUCUACAGCCGCCUCUCGCCGCACCUGUCUGCGGUUCACAAGGUGUCGAACGCGGACGAGAAGAGGCUUUUGCUGGCGCUCGCCGCUGGGCGCGUGGACAUGCGGAAGACGGCGUGCCCGGUGCCCGGCUGCCGGAGGACGCCGGCCCGCCUAGACAGACACCUGAAGCAGCACGCCGAGCUCUCCGUCUCGGCCAGGAAGGAGGCUAUGGGCCGAGCGAGGCGUCGGAAAGUGGCUCGAGAGUUGCGGUGGUUGCGGUCCACUCAACCGACGGUACCCGUGGUGUCUCGGCUGGCGUCGUCCUCCGAGGAGGAACGGGAACCAGACGGCCCGGAAGCCGAGCGUCCCUGCGCCGACCCCCGCUGCAGGCUCGCAACGGAGCGCAUACAGGCCCAGCUCUCAGAGCUCCGCAAGCAGGUGGACAAGGUGAGGUCCGCCCAGCUCCAAUUCGCCCGCCGCUAUCGAGAGUUGAGGAGGGGGGAAGAGGGGAGGAAGAGCAGGCGGGCAAGGUCGUGUCCUGCCCCGCCGGCACCAUCCCCCGACCCCGCCCCCGGGCGAGGGCCGGCCCCCGGGCGAGGGGCGGCCCGAGGUCUCCGGGCGGCCUCCGGGCCUGUGGAAGCCUACGAUCCAACAAAGUACCCGUACCCGGACCACGCCCGCGCCUUGAGUUGAGUAUGGUUAUGGCACUUCUCUGUUGGGCUGGUGGUGGGUGUAUGUCGUCUAGGCUGACUUUUGACUUUCGCCCCCGUUCUGCAGACUUGCUUUUGGCAGAGUUCGAGGGUUUCCAAUUGGGGAGCGAGCCCACCGCCCGUCUGCGGAAUAACGUGGCCUCCAAACUGGCGAGGGUCAAGGCCUUCCUAGGCUUCAUGGCGACAGGCCACGCGGACCCAGAAACCUUGUCCUUCCUCAACCAACCGGCGCGCAUCCGAGCCUGGUCUGCCCUGCUAGGCCAAACGGGCAUGGCCGAGCCCACGAGGCAGCACUACCUGAAGAACGUGGCGCAGUUCCUGGAUUAUCUCUCCGAAACCCCGCCGGCCUCCUGCCGCCUCUCCAGUACCACCCUGGUGCUGAUUCGCAGGGAGCUUCGAGCUCUCAUUCGCGGCAUACGCCGCCGCGUCGUGGUGCACGAGGUUAGGACCAAGCAAGCCAAAGAAGGCAGACUCAUCUCCAAAGCCACCCUGCUACGCUGCCAUCGGACGGCUGGGAGAAAAAUACCUGCCCUUCUAGACGGCCUCGAGUCCAGCCCAGACACCAGGCAGCAGUGGCGCUUCUAUGGCUACCUGACCGGCUACCUGACCUGCAUCACGGGCCAUCGCUGUGGGGUCUUCCAGAACCUGACCAUCCAGGAGGUCCAAGAGGCUUCCAGAAGCCCGGACGAGUCCGCCUAUGUCAUAAACAUCACCACGCACAAGACAAACCGAGCCUUCGGCGCGGCUCAGCUGUCUCUCAACAAGGAAGAAUACAGCUGGUUCCGGAGGUUUUUGCAGCUGCGGGCUAGCCUCCCCGGGGGGAGCCAGGCCUCCUAUUUUUUUUUUACUUCCAGACCCAGUCCCUGUCGAACCCUGAACAAAUAUUUUCAAUCUGCAUGGACCAGCAUGGGGCUUCCCGGCAAGCCCACCUUCACUGACGUCCGAACUGCCAUCGCGACCCACGCAAAGAAUUCACAUUCUUCCGAGGAUCGCAGGAAGGUGGCCCAAUUCAUGUGCCACGAUACCUCAACCUCAGACAAGUUCUACGCGCUUCACCUAGGCCCUCUCCAAGCACGUGAGCACCGCAGACUCUUCGAGAGGGCCUUGGUGGAGGAGGAGGAGGAGGAGGAGGAGGAGGAGGAGGCAGCGGGCAGAGAACGCCACUCAAGGAAGGGGCGCCAGAGGGCAGAGAGUCCCGGGUCACCCAUGGAGGGAACUAGCAGGAGGACGCUGCCAUGGCCGCCUUCGAAGGGGAAACGCCCCCUCGAAGCAACAGAAGACUCUGAAUCUUCCUAAAUAAAAAUUGAACAAUAAAGGUCAUAUGGUGUUCAGUGUCUUUAUCUGUGAUUGAUAAAAAAUAGCUUCGAAUGGGACAAAUGAUCCCUAUCUCCUCUGUUAGAAGUGUCGCGUGGGACGCCCGCGUCCAGGUUCAGCCUUUGCUAAGCCCCAAUUGGGACAAAUGAUCCCUGUCUCCUCUGGUAAAAGUGUCGCGUGGGACGCCCGCGUCCAGGUUCAGCCUUGGUUGAAAGCCCAUCGGGACAAAUGAUCCCUUUUUAAACACAAAGAGGUGCCAGGCUGGACGAGACUGUCCAGGUCUGCGCCGGCGUUGAACGGCCAUAUGGCCCAUGGUCCAACUCUGGGUAUUUGCAGGUGUCUCCCGGGACGGCUCGGUCCUUUGGGCUGCAUAAAGAGGU